GCUUCACGAUCUCGCAGCUCCGUUCAGUGCGCCCCGCGGCUUGGUUACGCACGCACGUACGAUCGUUCGAUAUCCGUGUUUAUUGUGAGCAACACGUGUUUACCUCGCGACAUUGCGCGAGUGAUACUAUAAAAAAAUACUGAUGUGAUUUUAAAAAAAUAGUGAAUGUAAAUAAGUGAAGUGUAAUACAUGGAGCUGAUAUUUGUGAAUGGCUUUUCCAAUUGGAAAAUGUCUGGACUCUCAAUUUUUCUAGUUUUGGCCAUCAUGGCUGGGGUGUUGGGAUACGUGGACACUGAAACUUAUAUUAGCGAUUUAGACAAGCCAGCACCGAUGGCGCACGUGCAAGGCGUGCUGGGCAAGAAGGCAGCCUUGCCUUGCGACGUCAAACCUCUGGCUGCGGACGACCUCGUGUCCAUGGUGCUGUGGUUCAAGGAGAAGGGCGAGGGGCAGCCUAUAUACAGUUACGACGUCCGCGGCCGGCUCGCCACGCAGCCUCGCCUCUGGUCCGCCGCGGCCGGGUUCGGGCCGCGGGCCUACUUCCGAGCCCUGUCCAGCCCCGCCGUGCUCUUCAUAGACAGCGUGGCGGCCACUGACGCCGGCAUGUACCGGUGUCGCGUCGACUUCGAGAAUUCCCCUACUAGGAAUUUGAAAAUCAACUUCACAGUUAUUACUCCACCAGAAAGGCCAGUAAUAGUGGACACAAAGACGAGAGACCAGACGCGAUUGCUGGAGCCCUACAAAGAAGGAGACACUAUUGAAAUCAGCUGUGAGGUGUCUGGUGGUGAUCCAAAGCCUCGCGUGAUAUGGUACCUAGAGAACACAGUACUCGACGAUUCAUACUCCUUGCGUUCGGACGGCGUCACCGCCAAUAACCUGACCUUCCCCAACGUUGGGCGACAGCACCUCAACGCGAGGCUGGUCUGCCAGGCUUCUAACACCAACCUGGCGCCGCCGGAGACCAAGCUCAUCAUCCUUGACUUAUAUUUAAGGCCACUGACGGUGGAGAUCCUGGACAAGAAUGUCCAAUUGUCGGCAGACAGGAGUUAUGAGAUCGAGUGCAAGACCACGGGAUCGAAACCCGAGGCGCAGGUCACGUGGUGGAAGAAUGAUAGACCAGUGAAGAGGGGUGUCAAGAAUUUCUCGGAGACAAACGCGACCCUCAGCGUGCUGACCCUGGUGCCGGAGUCAGAGGACCACAACGCGGAGGUGGUCUGCCGAGCCGAGAACCCUCGGCUGCCCGAUGCUGUCAUCGAGGACCGCUGGAAACUAAACGUACAUUUUGUUCCGAUUGUGUCUCUCAGACUGGGGGCGAUCCUAAACCCCAACGAUAUCAAGGAAGGGGAGGAUAUAUACUUCGAAUGCAUAGUGAAGGCUAACCCGAAGGUUCUGCGACUCACGUGGUAUAAAGAGGACCAAGAGAUCCAGCACCACCCAAGCAGGGGUAUCAUCCUGACCGACCAGGGCCUGGUCUUGCAGAGAGUGACGCGCGCCACCAUGGGAGACUACCGCUGUUCUGCCUACAACAGCGAGGGUCGCGCGACCAGUAACUCCGUGUCCCUGCUAGUCAGAUAUGCACCAAUGUGUAAAACGCCUAAUGAAGGAGAAGUGUAUGGGGCUUUGAAACACGAGACGGUCCAACUUCUGUGUACGGUGGACUCUAGCCCUCCUCCGACGAGCUUCACCUGGAUCUUCAACAGUUCCGGAGAACAGAGCGAAAUAUCUUCCAGCUUGCACAACAAAUCCGGCUACACAUCAACACUGAGCUACACGCCGCAAACGGAUCUGGACUACGGCACUAUUUUGUGCUCAGCUAGCAACUACGUGGGCAAACAGGACUCACCUUGUGUGUACAGGCUUAUAGCUGCAGGUCGACCAAUGGCCGUACAGAACUGUACGGUGUUGAACCAGAGCAGCAGUGGUCUGCAGGUGGAAUGCAUAGAGGGUUUCGACGGAGGUCUGCCGCAAGUCUUCCACAUGGAGGUGCUCGAACUGCCUUCCAUGAUUAUGAUAGCGAACGUCUCGUCCGAGCACUCACCAACCUUCGAGGUGCCCGGCCUCAACAGCCACUCCGGCAGCUUUGCUCUGCUGCUGUACGCAUCCAACUCCAAGGGCAGAGGAGAAGAAGUCACGUUGUACACGGUUGCAGUGGGCCCACCGGACAAGUAUACCGCCAACGCGACACUGCCUUUGACACCGGUGCUGAUGACCCUGGUGGUGGUAGCAGUGUUGCUCGGCACGGGCGUGUGCGGUGUGAUCACCGCCUUAUACCGACGGCACACCGCCAGACAAGAUAUUCAGAAGCAACCGCCUUCGAACAACGAAUUAUACACAGAGCCGAGCCUAGAAUCUCUCACUAAGAAAGACAACCUGAACCAGUUUAAAUCUCCGAAACUUCAGUUUAGCAGCCAGUGCGAGCUGAAGGUGGACUUGGGAGAUCAGGAGACAGAUCCUGACAUCAUCCCCUGUUAUUAUGAGAGAAAACCUCUAGAAUGUAACCAGGUGAUGCCGCCUGACUACGCCUCAAGUAUGUACGACAGAUUAAACAUACCGCCCAGCUCGUCUUCCGCAAGUAUAUCCGUGAUGAGUCGCGGGGUGUGCGCGCGCAGCACUGAUAUUGCGGCUGCGCAGGCGCGUGAGGUCGUCACCACCGCGAGAAAAGUCAAAGAAAGCUGUAUAUAGAUUUUACUGUAUAUUUAUGUAGAUUAUAAGUCUGGUUUUUAAGAAAAUUAGUUAGUACUAAUUCCUAAAUUUAAAGUUCACAGUACUUUAGAAGUUGUGUAUGUUGAUGUGACUCUCGCCAUUUGCGCUUCAUGCAUAAACAUCUUUGCUUCUUUCGUUUGAUGGUCAAAUGUACAAGAAGUACUAAAGGCAAUAAGAUUUCCAUUCAACUUCCUCAUAUACCCUAUAUCUCAUAAUAAGAUAGUGUUGCAAAAAUCAGGCACACGGUAAGAGACUAAAUAUAUUGUAUCGCUCUGUACCAUUACUUCUAAUAUUUAU